AAUAGUGUAUGGUUUGAAGACUGAGUCUAUUAGUAGCACGAUUUUACUUUUAUUGGAUUAGAAUUUAGUGAAAAUCGGAUUUUUAUAUUACCAAGAAUUGCAGUUAGACCAACGGAUUGUAAUAAUAGAAACAAUAGUCCAUUUAGUCAUCAAAUUAGGAUAUUUUUUUCGUUCGGUACCUGUUUAUUUUAGGUUAUAGUGAAGUUUCCCCAUAAUGAAAUGGCAGAGACAGAGCCUUCACCGACUGGGAGUGCCCGCCUGCCACCACUGACAAAUCAGUUUCCUCAGUGGAGCAGAACUACCCCUCUCGCAGCACUUCCUUCUUGCUCCGAUGGAAUUCCAGGUUUUCUCAGGGUUACCAAGAAAUGCGGGGGAGAGGUGGUGGUGGGACGCUCAGAAGGUCUGCUGCUGCCCUCCAUGUCAGCUGAUCCUCUCUUGCACAUUGCCCAGUUGGAACAGAAUAUUCGCUGGCUUCACGAACAACACCAGCUGAUGCUCUCGUCUUUGCAUCAGGAAGUCGAGGUUCUUCGCCAGCGGAACAGGGAUCUACAAUUCCAGUUGGUCUUCAGCAAAGGCGGCAUCACAAUUUCACACUCCAGUUCCGAUUCAUCGCCUGAGGAAAAGCAUAAAUUUGUACUCAGCCCCAAGGAAUGCAACACACGGACACUACAGGUGGAGAUGCUGGAUCGGGAAGUGACAGAGCUGAAAGCAGCCUUGGCCGAGGCAAAUGCCAACAACACAUCCCUCAACAGCCUUGUUGAGCAACAGAAAAAACAGGUGAUGGCUCUGGAGGCUCGUGCUGUUGAGGUAGACAAUGAAGCUAAAUUGGAAGACGCAGAGAGACUUAUUCGUAGGUUACGACGUGACAAUGAAGAUCAAAGAAAAGAGAUAGCAGCGUUGCGGGCAGCAAUGAACAAGAACAGUUCAGGUGGAGGUGGUAGUGGUGGUGGCAGACACUCGGGUGGGCGACGUGGCGGGGGUGGUGGGGGAGGGGGAGGCAGUCAGCCCCACGAACAUCGCUUCCCUCCCCUGCAUUCGCAGAGCUAUUGGCACCACUCCCAGCAACGAACUAGGACCAGUCCCGAGUAUUCGUCACAGUCAUCAGGUGGAGGGGGGAACCAACGCAGAGGAGGAGGUGGUGGGGAGGGUGGUCAAGGAGCUCCCUCCCUUCCGCACCUCAGCCGCAACUAUAGCCAGCCAUCUGGUAGCAACAGCAACCGUUCCCGGUACUACAGCAAUGGCAACCAUUACUACAACCACCGCGGCAACCGGGGAGGCCGCGGCAACAGGGACCCCAGCCAGUAGCAUUUCCAAUCUUGAGAGUUUACAGUCUUUAGCAUUUCUCUUUCAAAUUGUAUGCAAAUGUAUAACAAAAUGCUUGAUUUGCAUUGAUGAGGUUGCUCUUCUAUAAGAAUACCGAUAGUUUUUUAUUAAAACUGUUUGAACAAACAUUAUGCUGACUUCAGUUAAUGUUUUAUUGUGAUAAUAAUUAUUCUUUAUGAAGGUUGUUAACGGAAGGAAACGUUUAGAAAAUGUUCGUUCAAUACUGAAACACAAACUGGCUUUCACCGAAAUACGUGAAGUAUAAAGGCUGUGAUACGCCUGAAAGGCACAAGAAAUACAUACAACAAAAUUAAUAACCUUUCCCGUCCAAUUCUAUUAUCUAAUUGAUUUUGUUGAAUCUACAUUUGGGUGAAUAAAACAAGCCAGUAAGUAGUAAACUGAAAGUCGGAUUCAGAUAUGACCCAUUAUUGAUUUUAAAUAUCCAAACAAUUAUUUUAGUAGCACAUAUAUUGUGUCCUAGCAUUUUAUAAGUAGUUACUUGUAUAAGCUUUUCUAGUAGAACGCAGUAAAGUUAGUUGGCCUGUUUCAUUGUACUCAAGUCUUUUGCCUCUGCAUAAAUCAGUGUUGCCACAUAAAGAUUAUUAUAAAGUGCCAAGCUUUUGACAUAUGUAUGACAUUUUAAUUUUUGUAAACGUUAUUUAUAGAAUGUUCAAACAAAUUAACACAAACUCAUAAUCAAUUCAAACAAUUGAAAUACUUUUAACAUAUAUAUCUUGUUAUACAUUAGUCCAAAAAAGGAAGAAAAAUUAUCAUUAAUUCGUUGUAUGGAAAAUGUUACUAAAAAUAUGAUAAUGCAUGGUUUCAAUCACAAAUAAGUUUGUUCAAGUUCCUUUUAAGAUAAGUUGUUAAAUGUAGCCUUAGUUUUAUGGAGAUAUUAACUUAAUGCUUUCAUGUUUUUACUCAAGACUGUUUUUCAUGCAAAAAAGGAAGCUGUUCUUAAAUAACAUUGUCUUUUUUACUGUUGUAUUCUUUUUUCUAUAAAAAAAACACUACAAAACAAAAACUCCACAUUUUGUGGUAUAUUAUAUUACAAAAUUAACAAAUCUGCCCCUUAGAAAGGCAGUAAAAGUAUGAAGAGAAAUAUGCAAAGUUAUUAAAAUGUAUUUUUAAACACAAAGAGAAAAGUAAUAUGCAAAAUUAUUAAAAUGUAUUUUCAAACAUGAAGAGAAAAGUAUUGAGGAUUUAUUUUUAGUCAAUAAAAUAACUGAAGAAUUAUUACAUAGUAAUUUUAAGAAUUUAAAUACCACUAAAUUACUGUCAUUUUGAGAUAUUGCCAGGAUUUUUAAGACUGAUACAAUAAAUAUUAAAGUUAUUUUCGAUCUCAGUUUCAAUAGUUGGGUGAAAGCACAAAAUUAAAAAAUUAUGUGAACGUGAAUUCUGAUCUCCAAUUUACUGGUUGUGAAGUUACAUUUUGACAUUUUUGUUACCAUUACAGAGCAUCUGCUGGUUUUAGAUUAAGAGUUUGGUUACUUAGACUGCCUUUCUUGGAAGUAAAGUGUUUGUUCACACAAAACGUUUUAUGGUGCAUAGCCAAACUUAUUUUAGCUCGGUUAUUUAUAUGAAAACUAUAUAAUAAAAUAAUAUUAUAAACA